UGUGAAGUUUUUUGUGGAGGUUUUUGGUACAAUUGGCCCGAGCCCAAUUCUUUACCCUAAUUUGCCCUUUACCCUGAAUCACCUGUUAAAAGUUGUUAAAAUUGCUCCCAUUAUUGCAUUAGUUCCCUCCUCUCUACUUUCAACAUAUGAAAGUUUUAAAACUGUUUCAUCAUUUAAAGAUAGAUUCAAGUCAAGAUUUUGCCGAUUUAGAAGUAUUUUAGAUAAAAAGUUACUUAGGUUCGCUAGGAAGGUUCUCUACAACAUAGCCGUCCUAAAAAGCCUACUGCUUUAAGAUGGCGGCUGUCUACUAACGCAUUUAGAGCCAUGUCCGUCAUUUUGCAUCUAGUUAUAUCUAUAUACAGUACAUGUGAUAUCUACCAUGUCUACCAUAUCUACCAUAACAAGCGGGCGUAGUUUGUCGGCUAUCGGCUACAACAUGUAUUAUUGGAGGUACCUAGCAUCGCGUUUGCUUGGCGUCACAACUUUCUUGCCUCCUCCCCGCUCCUGCUCUGCUCUGUCGUCUUUAAUCAGAUUACCCGUGCAGAAAAAUGAACGCGUUAGAUUACUCGUUACUGAAAAAAGUCAUCAGUAACGUGUUACUCACAACAUUGGUGACAACACCCUGAUGACACCUUUAGCAUAGUUUUCAAGCAGUGGCGGACUUGACAAUUUUGGGGCCUAAGGCGAACAUAUCCAGGGGCCCUCUUCAUGGGUCAGGGGUUAAAAGGUGAGAAGGGUGUGGAGGAAAUAUGUUCUGGUACACUAGGGCUGUCCUAAACAACACAUUUUCUCCUGAUUAGUCAGCCGACUAGUUUUACGAUUAAUCGACUAAUCUAAUAAUUUUCUUUUUUUUACUCAUUUAGAAAUGAAAUUUUUGUUGACGCUUAUUAAUUCACAAAACUAUUUUGGAACACUUAAAUUCUUUAUUAAAGUACAAAUAAUCAUGUAAAUAACAAUAAUUAAUCACAAAUUAACAAUAAGGUUAGAUGUUGAUAGCAUUUACUAGUGCAAAAAAAAGGAAAGUAAACACAUUCAGAACACUGACUUUGCCUUUCCAACAUUAUUCAAAACAAUUCUUAAAAAAAAAUUCUAGCAAUAUUAUUAUAGUAUACUACUAUAUAUAAUAGUAGUGUAAUAAUUACAAUAAUUAUUCAUUGCCAAUCAUAUUUGUCAUUAAGAGUGUCAUUUGAAAGCUAUUCUUAGUGUAGAAUCUGUAUUAUGUAGUAGUUACUCAACACAUUAUAAUAUUAAUUCUGAAGUAUAAGGGAUUAACUCCAGAAAUCAUUAUUUAUAUGACGAAUAUGACGUGCUUUUGCUGUUAACCAGUCGUUGAGUGUUAUUGUAUGACUAAUUGGAACUGUACUACAUUGUUUCGCCACAGGGUGCGCUGUCGUGUAUUUUAUGUUCGGUGUGAAGAUGAAGAAGAAAGUUAAAAGAUGCAUUAGUGGCCUGUUCUCAACUUCUCCCUCACUGCACUUUGGCUCUCAUGGUAUGGAGAGCACGUUCGCUCAUGUGUUCGAAAUAAACGAUAGCCGACGUGCAAAGUAGCAAGCGAGCUGUAAAAAUAGCGAGCUUAUUGGCGUGAAAACCGCGGGAGAGCUAAGUGAAGCUAACGAACAGCUAAGCGUAAGUUUCUCAAUGCCUGCAUGACGCUUAACCUCAUCAAGUAUCAACCAGACUACAAAGCCAUCAGCAACACCAUGCACCACCAGAAGUCGCAUUCAUGAUCAACAGACAAAGUUUAAUGGCGUCCCGGUAGAAUCGCCAAAAUGAACACGCUACCAUCAAUGGACCGGCACAUCCAGCAGACCAAUGACAGGCUGCAGUGCAUCAAACAGCACUUACAGAAUCCAGCCAACUUUCACUCUGCAGCCACAGAGCUGCUGGACUGGUGUGGAGAUCCCCGGGCCUUCCAACGACCUUUCGAGCAAAGCCUCAUGGGAUGCCUGACGGUGGUAAGUCGUGUGGCCGCUCAGCAAGGAUUUGACCUGGACCUAGGCUACCGGUUGCUGGCUGUGUGUGCCGCCAACAGGGACAAAUUCACCCCCAAAUCUGCCGAAACCAGCACCUGCAGGAGAUGUCAGACUGACUCAGCCCUGCUGUCGUCGUGGUGCGAGGAGCUGGGUCGUCUGCUCCUGCUGCGUCACCAGAAAAACAGACAGAACGAAUCACAGGGGAAAGUGCCCAUGCAGUCCGGCAUGAAUAGCAUGAAGGCUGGCCUCACGCACAGCGAUGGCUCUUUUCCCUAUGAUUCUGUCCCUUGGCAACAAAGUACUAACCAGCCCCCUGGGUCAUUGUCUGUGGUUACAACAGUGUGGGGCGUCACCAAUACAUCACAGAGCCAGGUUCUUGGGAACCCGAUGGCCAACAGCAAUAAUCCCAUGAAUCCCGGGGGUAACCCCAUGGCGUCGGGAAUGUCGGCCAGCACUGGGGGGCUUAACUCUCCCCAGUUCAAUGCCCAGCAGCAGCAAUUUCCCAACAAAGGAGGCUCCAACCAGCAGUACAUGCAGCAGGGGAUGUACAGCAGGCCCGGAUACCCUGGAGGCCCUGGAGGAUACAGCGGCAGUUACUCUGGAGGUCCAAAUCCUCCUCCAGGAAGUAUGGGCGUGUCCUCCCACACUCGACCGACUGGCGAUUUCACGCAGCCGGCCGCCGCCGCCGCUGCAGCUGCUGUCGCUGCCGCCGCUGCUACGGCUACCGCCACGGCAACAGCCACCGUAGCGGCGCUACAGGAGACGCAGAAUAAAGACAUGAACCAGUAUGGGCAGAUGUGUUCUUCCUUCCAAAUGGGCCACGCUCAGGCCUACAACAGUCAGUUCAUGAACCAGACUGGCCCACGAGGACCCCCCGGAGGGAUGAAUCCCGCCAGCAUGGCUUCAGGAAUGAACAACCCUAGCAUGAGCGGGCCACCCAUGGGCAUGAAUCAGGCCCGGACUCCCGGAAUGGGACCUUUUGGUGCUCACGGCCAGCGGAUGCCCCAGCAAGGCUAUCCGGGAGGACCUCGGCAGGGCAUUCCCAUGCAGGGAAUGAAGCGGCCGUAUCCUGGCGAGGCCGGGUAUGGUGGACAAUAUGGGCCUAACAGUCAGUUCCCGCCGCAACAGGGGCAGUACCCGACUCCCAACGCCUCCCGACCAUUGCCUUCACCCAACUACCCAGGACAGAGGAUGCCCGGGCAGCAGGGGCAAGGACAGUACCCGCCUGGCAUGCCCAUUGGCCAGUAUUACAAGCAAGAACCAUUUAAUGGGCAGAGCACUAACUUCUCGGGUGGAGGCUACUCGUACGGGCAAGUGAAUGGGCCCCCUAGGCCUGGUAAUUACCCCCACUCACCAGUACCUGGAAAUCCCACCCCACCCAUGACGCCCGGAAGUAGUAUCCCUCCGUACCUGUCGCCGAACCAGGACGUGAAACCCCCUUUUCCACCUGACUUGAAACCAAAUAUGACAGCACUUCCACCUCCUCCAUCUCUUACCAACGAGGAGCUGCGACUGACGUUCCCGGUGCGAGACGGCGUGGUGCUCGAGCCAUUCCGCCUGGAGCAUAACCUGGCUGUCAGCAACCACGUCUUCCACUUGCGGCCGUCCGUCCACCAGACCCUUAUGUGGAGAUCAGACCUGGAACUGCAGUUCAAGUGCUAUCACCACGAAGACAGGCAGAUGAACACCAACUGGCCGGCGUCGGUCCAGGUCAGCGUCAACGCCACGCCCCUCACCAUCGAGCGGGGCGAUAACAAGACCUCCCACAAGCCCUUGCACUUGAAACAUGUGUGCCAGCCAGGCAGGAACACCAUACAGAUCACCGUCACCGCCUGUUGUUGCUCGCAUCUGUUUGUGCUGCAGCUGGUCCACAGGCCAUCUGUGCGCUCUGUCCUCCAGGGGCUUCUAAAGAAGAGGCUCCUUCCCGCGGAACACUGCAUUACCAAAAUCAAAAGAAACUUCAGCAGCGUGGCAGCCUCAGCGGGAAGCGCCACUCUCAACGGGGAGGACGGCGUGGAGCAGACUGCCAUUAAAGUGUCUCUCAAGUGUCCCAUCACCUUUCGCCGCAUUCAGCUGCCCGCACGAGGGCAUGACUGUAAACACGUGCAGUGCUUCGACCUGGAGUCUUACUUGCAGCUGAACUGUGAGAGAGGAACGUGGAGGUGUCCUGUUUGCAAUAAAACCGCAUUACUAGAAGGCCUCGAAGUGGAUCAGUACAUGUGGGGGAUCCUCAAUGCCAUCCAAAAUUCCGAGUUUGAGGAAGUCACGAUCGACCCGACGUGCAGCUGGCGGCCCGUGGCCAUCAAGUCGGAAAUGCAUAUCAAAGAGGACCCCGACGGACCUCUGGCAAAGCGCUUCAAGACCAUGAGCCCGAGUCAGAUGACCAUGCCCAACGUGAUGGAGAUGAUCGCUCAGCUGGGGCCUGGAAGCGGGCCAGGCCCCGGCCACGGUCCUGGACCCGGCCCCAGCCCUUAUCCCUCACACCAUCCAGGCCAACAUGCCAGUGGAAAUGGAAGCGAUUACCCAGGAGCAGGCACCCCAUACCACAGCCAAGGGAACUUUGACUUCCCACAUGGGAACCCGUCUGGGGGAGGGGUUCCUCCUAUGAGUGACUUCAUCCAUGGCCCGCAACUUUCCCACCCACCAGAUGGGCCAAGCGGUCUUCUGUCCCAGGACAAGCUCCUCAACCACGGCAUGAAUGACUCCAUGUCCCACCCCGAUCCGUCCCAUAACUCAAUGCAGCCCGGCUUGCAUGCUUCUCCACACCCCGGCGGCCAAUCGGGGCCGUCUUUGCAUCACAGCGGUCAAUCGGGGCCACCGUUGCAUCACGGCGGUGGUGGCCCAUCGUCAUCGCAGCCGCCUCGCCCGCCGCCACAACCUCAGCCGCCCGGCCAAAACACUCACCCGCACGCCGAUCUGACGUUUAACCCUUCGUCAGAUGGUCCGGACAUGCCCGAACCUUCGCUGGAUCUGCUUCCUGAGCUGGCCAACCCGGACGAGCUUCUCUCGUACCUGGAUCCUCCCGACCUUCCGGCCAACAGCAACGACGACCUUCUCUCCCUCUUUGAGAACAACUAAGCUCCCAAUGCCCCGGCCCCUGUACUUCCUCCUUUCAAGCUCACCUCACAGGGGGAUGUGUUUGACUGUCCUGUCCACAGACACGUCGCCCACCCCCCACUUUGACACUUGAGACUGUAUCCCAUGCGCACACGCGCACACUGUCUUUCUAGAAGAUGUGCUGCGUGGGACAAAAAAAAAAGGACGGGAACGCCGCUCAUCCCUGCACUUCCUUUUUAUGUAAAGAUUCCACCAACAGCAUCCACGGCCACGUUGGCGUGCACAAAAAAAAGGCGAUAUCACGCAUAUGUAUACAGUGAAUAUACAUAUCUGUGAUACAUAAUCAAGUGUGCAGCUAUUAUUAUCAUCACCUGUAAACGACAAAAGCCAGGAGACAAGGAAAAGCGUUUUUUUUUCUUUUAAUCUAAGCAUGAUUUGGCUUUUGUAGGAAAAACAAGUCUUUUAUGUGUGCGUGUGUGUUUUUGUCCCUUUUCCAAACGUGUUCUUCCAAGACGGCGGCAAUUGCUGUGACCUUUGAACCCCCUCCAGAGUGCACGUGGCAAACGGAGCGUGUGACCUCGCCGAAAGGACGAGUAGUCGCGCAGAGUGUGUGUGUACGCGUAAAAACGGAGUAAAUCCACCACUGUGUUCUUCUUCCACUCCACAGAUGCUGUAUUUAUGAUGAUAUCUCACUUUGACAUCUUUUUUUUUGCAAUUGUGCCAACGCAUCCCUUUCAUUUGUCUCAUUUCUAUUUAUUGCUUUACUACAUCUGUUGUUUUUAUCAUUGUCAUUUUUUUCUCCAAUCCUGUCUCACCAAAGCAAAUUAUUCUCCUGUUUUACUAUUCAAACGUAGCGUCCAAACCCAGCCUCCUUUUUUUUUUUUUUUUUUUUGCGUGUGUGUGCGUGCACAACUGUUGUAUAUACGCUUUGUGAAUACUUAGUGACUGUGCAGUGCUGUGCCCAUCUAUUACUGUCAACUAGACAUGGUACUGUGUGUCACACUCCACACACAUGCACUCACUUUACACAAAUACAAUACACACAAACCCACUUCCAAAUGCACUCUGGCCUUGUACUGUGUUAUGAUGUACCCUCGUCAACCAUUUUUGUUCUUUUUGUUCAUGAAUGUAAUGUGUUCGUAUUGGUGUAAAAGCAGCUUAGAGGUCCAAAUUUCUCCCCUCCAAAAUAUCAUUGAACACGUUAAUUCAAAAAUGUUUUGUGUAUUUUCGCCACAUUUUAUACGCUUUUAAGUUAAUGAUUGUUUUUGCUUCUUAAUUUCGAUGCAUUCAUCGAAAUUUAAAAUGUACGUUUUCAUCCCGUUUUAUUAUUUUCUUGUGUAAUCCCUUCAUACGCAACCAAAUAUGCUUUACUUUACUUGUCAAAUAUCGUUUUGUUUGUUCCAUUGUAAAACAAUGCACUGCCGCAUUGGGAUGUUCCCUACACAGUCAUGUUUGAAUUCAAAAUGUACUGUCCACUUCUGGCCAAUGAGAAGAAAAUUCUUGUUUAAAAACUAAACAAAAACGAGGGUGUGACUGUGAGGGGAUGCGUGUGUGUUUGUGUACAUAAUGUAAAUGACAAAUAGAGACCCUGUUAACUGAAUUGUAUUCAUUUUUCUCCAGAGGGAGUGUUCAUAGUGUAUUUAGAAUUUGUAAAGCUUGCAUCCUCCUGUCAGACAUCCCAAUUGGAAAUAUGUUUGAUGACCUCGCUAAACUCGCCUGUUCAUUUAUGUAAAAUACUUUAUGUAAACCCUCCCAUGCGUGGGGGUCCCGAGACACAAAAUACAUUUUUUUCUCCCCUUUGUGUAAUUCUGUGUAUUUCUCUCUGGCCUGUGUACUUGAUAAAGGUGCUACAAAAUGAUUCACACCCUUCAUUAAGACUUGGAGAAAAAGCUUUGCAGUUUGUAAAAAAAAAAAAAAAAAAAAAUCUUAAUAAAAGUUCCAAUUUAUAGUUUUUAUGCAAUUUGGCAAACAGUUCUAUAAAGGUACAAUCUAAAGUUAUUGGCAGUUGUCUUUCUCUUGGUUUUUGAACAUUUAAUGGUGUACAUUCAGUUCAUAUUGGAAAACUGGUCAGACAAACAUUGUGAUUUUUAGUCUUGAAAAUCUGUAUGUAGUUAGAUGGAUGUGACAUCCCUAAUAUUUAUCUAAUAAAUAUGUAUUCCGAUGAAACACCAUGUUGGACGUGCCUCUUGAUACUUAGAUUUUACUGUUUAUACAGUAGUUGUAAUGAGAACGGAGGCUUAAGUUGUAACUUUGUCACAGUAAAGAAGAUACUGAUAGAAUAUGCAGUUUAAAAAAAAAAAAAUUAGGUAUGCAGGACAGUGGGAAAAAAAUUAAAAUUAAUUUAAUAAUAAAUAUAUUAUUAUAUUUAUAUUAUCAUGAUAAUAUACAUUCACCGGUCACUUUAUUAGGUACACCAUGCUAGUAACUGGUUGGACCCCCUUUUGCCUUCAGAACUGCCUCAAUUCUUCGUGGCAUAGAUUCAACAAGGUGCUGGAAGCAUUCCUCAACCUCCUGCAGUUUAAACCGAGCAUCAGUAUGGGGAAGAAAGGUGAUUUGAGUGACUUUGAACGUGGCAUGGUUGUUGGUGCCAGAAGGGCUGGUCUGAGUAUUUCCGAAACUGCUGAUCUACUGGGAUUUUCACGCACAACCAUCUCUAGGGUUUACAGAGAAUGGUCCGAAAAAGAAAAAAUAUCCAGUGAGCGUCAGUUCUGUAGGCGGAAAUGCCUUGUUGAUGCCAGAAGUCAGAGGAGAAUGGCCGGACUGGUUUGAGCUGAUAGAAAGGCAACAGUGACUCAAAUAACCAACCGUUACAACCAAGGUAGGCAGAAGAGCAUCUCAACGCACAGUAUGUCGAACUUUGAGGCAGAUGGGCUACAGCAGCAAAAGACCACGCCGGGUGCCACUCUUUUCAGCUAAGAACAGGAAACUGAGGCUACAAUUUGCACAAGCUCAUCGAAAUUGGACAAGAGAAGAUUGGAAAAACGUCUGGUCUGAUGAGUCUCGAUUUCUGCUGUGACAUUCGAAUGGUAGGGUCAGAAUUUGGCGUCAACAAGAUCCAUCCUGCCUUGUAUCAACGGUUCAGGCUGUUGGUGGUGGUGUAAUGGUGUGGGGAAUAUUUUCUUGGCACUCUUUUGGGCCCUUUGGUACCAAUUGAGCAUCGUUGGAAUGCCACAGCCUGCCUGAGUAUUGUUGCUGACUAUGUCCAUCCCUUUAUGACCACAAUGUACCCAACUUCUGAUGGCAACUUUCAGCAGGAUAAUGCGCCAUGUCAUAAAGCUGGAAUCAUCUCAGACUGGUUUCUUGAACAUGACAAUGAGUUCACUGUACUCAAAUGGCCUCCACAGUCACCAGAUCUCAAUCCAAUAGAGCAUCUUUGGGAUGUGGUGGAACGGGAGAUUCGCAUCAUGGAUGUGCAGUCGACAAAUCUGCACCAACUGUGUGAUGCCAUCAUGUCAAUAUGGACCAAACUCUCUGAGGAAUGCUUCCAGCACCUUGUUGGAUC